AUGGCCGGCAAAGGCCCACAUUGUUCAUUCGUUCUUCUCGCCGAGUUUGACAUUGAUAGUGGUGCCCAGCUCACAUACCAGUUCCCUCAGCCGCUGGGAACAGACGAGGGUUUGCUUGCAAAUCUUAUGCUUCCAGAUGGGGCGGAGAGGCACCUCGAAGAUUGGACCAUCUUCUUCCUCAACCAAACGCCGUUCAACACCAUUGCACCAGUUCUUGCUUUGGAGACGGAAACGAGCGACAAUCAGUCAAACGGAGAGGACGGAAGCCCGGAACUUCUAUAUGUCCUCAACCUGGUGCGGACGAAGCAUGACAAGUCAGUUCGGAGAGGUGCCGUAGUGAAAGCGAUGGCUAUUUGCACACGACAUCCAUUUAUCCAAAUCUUUAAGCCCGUUCUCCUCCUCGCACUUGACGACUAUUUCGCAAACCCAUCCCAAGAAUGUCUUGCGCGUCUAUUCGAUGCGAUUAACUCGAUGAACAUCAGUGCUGCGCCUACACUUACACGAUGUGAAAAACUAAUCAUGCGCGCCUCAGAGCGCAAAGACAUCUUUGCGGAGAAGUUCUCCACUCAUAUACCACCGCUUCCUCUCAAAGCUGCACACAAGACGACAGGCUCAAAUGGCUCACAUUCAUCUGAAGACGGGGUUCUCAUCAGUGCUCGCGCGCGCUCUACAACAGCUGCCUCUGAUCCUAACCCCACCAAUCCAUCCUCUCCAUCGGACAGCUCGUUCAGCCUUGGUGGGAGUGCAGUAUGGGUGAAUGAUGACAGCGUCAUAAUUGAUGGUCAAGUGGGUGUUGCAAUAGGUGCAGGCCCAGGAAGCGUCGGUGGCGCUUCAGUGAGCGGUAGCAGUGUUCUUACUAGCCGCGGGCGGCGUAGCACUGAUACAAGCUCGAACUCGAGCCACGCUUAUAGUGGUGGCGCAAUACCCACAUCAUCCGACCCACAUUUGCGGUCGGGAAUAUCCAAAGAUACCCAUUUCUUUCAGACAAGCAUUGCAUACAAAGGACAUACCCUGCCAAUCAAAUUGCCUCUGGCCACCUUUCCUGAGGAAGUCGGAGAGUAUUCCCUAAUACAACUAAUACAAACGUUUUCUGCGCCUCUCAUCACAAUCUCCGGACCACUACACCCACAUCUACACACGAACGGAAUUCUCACGCACCCAAUAAUAAUUCUUUUUAACGCGCUCGUUACUGGCAAACGCAUCCUCUUCCUUGGACAUAACAUUCCUGCUGGACAAGUUGCUAAUUACGUCCUAUCUGCUUGCGCCCUGGGUUCUGGAUGUGGUGCGGUACUACGAGGAUUCAUUGAGCGGUCAUUUCCUUACGCAGGACUCGCGGGCGGCGAGGACUGGUUUUCAAUGCCGGCAUACAUAGCAGGCGUAACUAAUCCUAUCUUCGAAACCAGUGGAUCCUGGGAUCUUUUGAUGGACAUCGGUACAGGUCGUGUUGUCGUGCACAAGGACAUACAUAUAUCUUUCCCAACUACGAUGGCACCGCCUGCACUUGUCAACCCAAUGAUUCCACGUCCAAUAAAGGCAGAAAAUUCGACCGGGAGCGAGGAUGACAUCCAGCGUAUCGCCACUCGAGACGGGAAGGAUGGGAACCAGAAGAGCGAGUUCGCGGCGAAGCAAGACAGCUUGGAUAACAUGUUCAUUGAGGAUCUGAUUUCGGCAAUCACCUCGCAUUUCGGGGAGACGCUGGUACGGAUGCGAUUCACGGAGUACGUCGCGCGCUUCGUUCGGCUGGCGUCGCGGUACGAGGAGCUCGCUGUGGGAUCGACAAAGCUUGGAUAUGGUAGCGCACCAUUUUCAGACGGGUCCCUAGGUAGCGGCAUCGUGUUUCCGGAUGAGGGAGCUGCAUUUAAGGAGCUUACUGCGAACGCAAGUCGGAUUGAGGGUUGGCGAAGGAGCAAGUCCUAUCAAUACUGCGUCCAGGAUUUCAAAAAAUAUAGAGCAACCGCUGCUAUCCAGGGAUUCGACUUAUCGCAUCAACUUUUAAGAUUGCGGCUGCUCAUCGUGCGUUCAAUAGCAGACAACUUACGGACAUACGAACAAAUAGUUGAGGUGAGCAUUCUCACAUUCUGGACUGUUGGCUUCCUCACUUUUAUGCCACCACAUUCCGGAGGGUUACAGCCUCUGAGUUUUUGCCUAUUCCACCAUCAAGAAUCUAUUCGGGAAGCCACCGUUGAUAUUUUCAAUGAGCUGCGUCAGAAUCCCGCUGGGGUGAUCUUUCUGCAAGCUCUGAAUCACUUCCAGAGGUAUGCCUAUGUUCGGCAAGCACACGCUCGUGAAUCACGCAUGAAGGAUGUGACCCAUGGUCUGGCCCCGCCACCUCACUUGGUAUCACGGACGCCGUCCAACCGCAGUGAAGUCAGUCUAGGGGGGAUGUGA